AUGGAGCAGAGAGACCCACAGCAGUGCCUGAGGUUCGGGGCGCUCCGCGAGUAUGUGGUGGGCAGGACGUUGGCACUGCCCGUGUUGGUGUACGACUACUACGAGCCUGCCUUCAAGGCCACACGCUUCUACAUCAGCACAGGCAGCCUGCUCACCAGGGAGCUGUGCGCCUGGCCCACCUGCAACAAGGUGGAGCGCACCUUAGCCCUGGCCUGGCUGGACUCCCCAGGGAGCCUGGCCCCAAGGUGGCCCCUAAGGAGGGGGCGGCGGUCCCGCGAUGCAGCUGCGCCCAUGGGGCCCUGGUGUGCUGCUCAGACAGUGUGGUCUAUGGCAGCGCCUGCCGCAGUGCUGGGCACCUGGAGCCAGCGCCCCCCAGCCGCUGCACCCUCUGGUGAGGACCCCACAACCCCGGAC